AUGGCUCCUCAGCUCCGUUCUCGCACUCGCGCUGCUGGAGAUUCUUCGCGUCCUGCAACCCCUCUCGAUGCACCUCAAAGCAAUACUGCUACCUCCUCCGAGACUUCACGUCCUAAGAAACAGCGCAAAACUGGUGCAAAAACCAGUGUUCCUGUCGGUAACACUGCCGAAGAACCCGCACGCAAGCGAAAGAGAAAGACCAAAGUUGGCCCAGCAGAAAGCAUUCAAGAAUCUUCCGAUCAACAGACUACUGGUGCCGAAUCCCAAACCGAUCCGUCGCGUCCCCCCAGUGCACGUAAUACUCGCCCGUUGCCCCCAUCAACGUGGAAGGAACCUCGAUCAUGGAAGAAGAAGACAAAGCCGAGUUUCGAAGAUCUCAAGGUUCGGAGAGGCGGUAUCUUUCAGCACCAGUUCGGUCUUGGCUCUCGCCCUACCCUUGCCAAUCUUAGAACUGGAAAACUUGUUGAAGACGACGAGGAAACUGUAGCCAAAAAGCAGGCUGCCAAGGGCAAAAAGCGAGGUCGAGUCGCUAAAUCGAGGAGAUCAAGGAAAUCGAAGAAACCUGCAAAAGCAACCAGUCAAGCCAAAGCUACUCAAGCACUCGAGACUGCUAUCAAUGAUUCGACAGCCGCCUCCACGUCCCAAGAAGAACCGGUGACGCCAGAAACCGUCCCUGCCGAAGAAGAACAGCAUAUCGUUACUGAAGAAAAUGAGCCGGUUGUCCAGCAUACCCAUUCUGAUUCUGGCAAGGACUUGGAAGCCGAUAUCGCUCAACCAGUCAAUACCUCGACAGCUCCACCCGUCCCAAUGGAACUCAAAUGCAGCAAAGAGAGAUUCAACGAAGUCUUCGAGUCAACAAUCUCCAGGGCUCAAGCGUCCAAUGACAUCAAAGUUGCAGAGGGACUCCGUUGGAUGUUGACUGCAGCGGAAACAGAUCCCUUUCUUUUAAAGAUCAUGGACGAUGUUGUUGCCGAUCCAACCCAAGAACACACAGCUGUGUUCCAGGCCGCACUCCGGGAUGUGGUCAAGAAGCUUAAAGCCGAAGAACCCGUUGCUGCCGCCACUGUUGAAGGCCGUGAGGAAUCUUCAUCCUCACUUUCAACUGCCAAAUCCUUGGAAGCCGAUACCACCAAAUCAUUGGAAGCUGAUACCGCCGCUCCAAUACAGCCACCAAAGAUUUGGCAACCUCUUUGGGAUGAAGGAUUGCGACCUGAAGAGGAAGACCCCAACCCAUAUCUUCCCACUGACCCAGUGAUUCCAGCCUGUCCAAAGAAAAGAGUCGGUAAACAUCCUGAACUCGUGGCGCUCGCGGGCAAGAAAAGGGCGCUGUCGAAUGCAAAGGAGUAUCCUGGCUACAAGGUUCGCGCCAGCAACCUUCGGACUCGCAUCGUGGUGCAGCCUCAACCUCAACCUCCCCGGAGGCUUGCACGUUCAUUUGACGACGAUGAUGCAGCUUCUGUCCAGUCUGUGGAAAAUCGCAAAUCGAAACCAGCGGAUAUCGACAACAACGACUUUUGCCGUGUGUGCAAUGGUACCGGCAACCUCUUGUGCUGCGACGGUUGUGUGGAUUCGUUCCACUUUGCUUGUCUCAGUCCACCUCUGGAUGCCAAUUCCCCACCUGCGGGACAGUGGUUCUGUCCCACUUGUGAGCGGAAAGGCCCAGGGGCUGUGUUUGAGGCGGCAAUGGACACGAUCCCCCGAGCUCGCUAUGAGGUGCCGGCCGAGAUCCGUAACGAGUUCGCAGAGGUACAGACUGCGGAGGAUGGGUCCUACGAACACCAUCGGCCAGAAGAGCUCCCACCGACGGUCAAAGAGACAAAGAAGCUGACCUGGGAUCAGAUGGCCGAUGCCCGUGUCAAAGUCUUCCACGAACGAGACGACAAUGGAAACCUGAUCAUAUGCACGAGAUGUCACCGGGCCAAUCUUGAAGGUGAACGACAAGUCAUGAAGUGCGACCAUUGUUCGUCGUGGUGGCAUCUGGAUUGCCUGGAUGAGAACUAUUCUCAUCCGCCACUACAGUUCACGGGAAGCAGCAAUCCACGGCACUACUGGAAAUGCCCAAAUCACCUGGACAGCAUGCUCAAGGGCCUUGGUGACGGCGUUCGAUUCCGCCGUCGACGUCGUCACCACGAGCUUGCCGACGUUGAGCUGCUGCCGUCGGCUUACGAGACGGACUCUUUCCACCAAGAAGACAAUUACGGAAAGGGUUUCCGGGUGACCGAGCGCGGCAUGAUCCAGAAUUUUAUCGAGCGCGCCCGUCGGGAUCACGCUGAAAGGAGAGCGCUCAAUGCCCUCAAGGCAGUCGAGGACCAAGCCCGGGCUCUACUUGUCCCCACCGGGGGGACACCCGGAUCCUCAGUCGGGGUCGCCAAUGCAGCCGGUGCAUUGGUGGAUCGAUGCCCCGAAGAGCGCGAGGGUGCCUUGGCCCUUUUGGCAAUGGCAAACCCUCAACCAGCUUCUAGCCGAGUAGGGCAGCUGGUCUCCCAGCUUGUUGCUGAAUCGCCGGAGACGGUUCGCAACGCGACAAGUGAGAUUGAACUCCUUCAAUCUCUCCAAGGUCUGAUCAGUCAGCGUCUCCAGGGCCUGACUGCGACUUCGUCGACUGAUGUCACCAACUGA